CGCCGCAUGGCCGCGGCGCCCUUAAAGGGACAGGCCCCGGGGGGAGGGGGGCCGCCCGCGCACAAAAUGGCGGCGGCGGCGGCGAGCGGGCGGCGGCAGCAGCAGCGCACGGGUGAUCUACACAAAGCUCAUAGGUCUGCGUCAGCCACAGAUGGACUCUCCGCAACUUCGUAUAUGGAUUACCCAACGUACAAGCCGUUCAUCAAUUCAGACUUGCUGCGCUCCCCACGGAAACCAGUAAUUCCAUAUCCUGAGAGUAACAGCAGAGCAAUAUUUUCUGCUCUGAAGAAUCUCCAGGAAAAAAUUCGUCGGCUGGAGUUGGAGCGGCUGCAGGCAGAAGAGAAUGUCAAACACCUCAGCAGAGAAACAGCAGACUACAAGAAAGUACUGAGCGAGCAAAUGCAACACAGGGAGCAGGACAGAACUGAGGUGUCGAAGAAAAAUCAAGAGCUGGCUUCUCAGCUGGCAGCUGCUGAGUCUCGGUGCAGCCUCUUAGAGAAACAGCUGGACUACAUGAGAAAAAUGAUCCAGCACGCAGAAAAUGAGAAGACACAUCUCUUGGAGAAACAGGGCUCAUUGGAGAGAGACCGGCUCGAUCAGUCCCAAGUCCAGUCUAAAUUGGAAAAGCUGGAUAUGCUGGAAAAAGAGUACACCAGGCUUACUACCAUGCAGUCCAUAGCAGAGAAAAAAAUGAAAGAGCUGGAACAGAAGCUUCAGGAGGAAGAACACGCAAGGAAGCUUGUUCAGGAAAAAGCAGCUGAGCUUCAGACAGGCCUGGAAACCAACAGACUGUUGAUUCAAGCAGCAUCACCGCUGCUUUCUCCAAAAGCAAGAAAACCCAGGAAGAAAACUAAGCAGCCAGAGAAGAAAUGCUCUCUCACAAGCCAUCUCGCUACGCAGCCCCAUUACAGACUGUGUCUGGGCGAUGUACCCUUUGUAGCUGGGAAGUCUACUAGUCCCAGCCAUUCAGUUGGCGCCAACGUGCAACACGUCCUGCACCUGAUGAAGCAGCACACCAAAGCUUUGUGUAACAACCGUGUGGUAAACGACACCCCGCUAGCAAAAUCCAUCAGUACCGGUCAUCCUGCCAGCAAGAGCAGAAAGUCAUCGCUGCCAAAGGACUCUUCCUCAUCCCACGAAGAACUCUCGGAGGUUCUGCUGACUUUACAGGAUGAAUUCGGGCAGAUGAGUUUUGACCACCAGCAGCUGUCAAAGCUGGUCCAGGAAGCUCCAACCGUUGCAGUGAGGGAAGAUCUGGAGAGGGAACUUGAGACACUGGUGGGGAAGAUGGAGGCAAAGGCAGACCAGAUCAGCAAGGUCCGGAGGCAUCGGCUGCAGCUAGAGAGACUGAAGAGAGAAUGCAAGUCCAAAAAGACUCCUGCUAAACAAAUAAAAGAGAGCAGGCGCCCCGUCAGUGAGGUUAAAGUAACAACUACAGUAACCACAAAAGGGAAGGGUGCUGGUCCCAUCAAAGUGAAACCUGGAGAGAAGAGUCGGAAAAAUCUUCAGUUGCUGAGAGACAUGCAGACCAUACAAACCUCGCUACAGAAAGACGAUAUCAGCUGGGACUACUGACUGGUCUACGGGAGAUGUUCCUGAAACCAUCCCAGUCAAGCUCGCUCACAUUCUGGAUAUAAAGCAGCUGCCUUUCCCGCUGUGUGAAAGAGACUGCUGUAUGCCAAGUGCACUUUGGAAAUAUGGGUCCUUAAUUCCUCCACCUGUGGGUUUGGUUGGAUAUACUGUGGCCUAGUUCAAAGUGUAUUCCAUUUUUAAGGUAUCCAAGCACAGGUCUCCCCCCACCAGUCCCUCUUGUGUUAGGAUUCCAGCAGUCCCUCCCUUUUUUCUUUCAGCACACCAAACAACGCGGUGUUUAUUGUGGGCUGGCUCGUGUGAAAUGCCAGUGUGAUUUCACACUGCUGUUGUUGAACUCCUGUGCGUUGGGAGGCUUCUUGAGAUGCGUCUGUUUGAAAAGUGCCAUGUCCCGAAGUCCUGAGGGCUUCUGUCAGUUCUGAGCUGUGUGCAGCUGCAGUUACUCAGACUGAGUGUAAAAGGGAGAACAGGUAAACUCCUUUUUAAAGUGUUUUUAAUUCUCAAAAAGCUUUCCAAGUUCUGCACAUUCCAUUAGUCAGCAUUAAUGGCAAUGGAUGUUUGUGUACUCAAGAGGAGCAAAGUGACUUUUCCAAAUUAUUUUGCUUAAUGAUUGUGUUUAAGUCUGAAGAGUGAAUUUUCUUCAGAAAUUGUAUUUUAUGAAAAGGCUAUAGGAAAUGUGGAUAACAUCCCUUCUUCUAGUCCAUGGCCUUGGGCGGUAAAGGAGGGAGAUAAACCACAAGUGUUUUAAAUUGCAAGUGCCUCAAUCAUGCCAUUCAGUCCUGGCAUCUUGCUUUUAACUUGCAAUAUGGGCUUUAAUGAGCUAUCGAUUUUUGGUAGUGGUGCAACUCGUUUUGCACUGACUUGCACAGCUGAGUGAAUGUUAUUUAUUAUGUUAAUAAUGUAAAGAAUUUCCUAUUAAUGGAAUGUACAGCAGACCCAGAUUAUCUGUUUAUACAGUUGAAAAACAAUAAAGCCAGCUUGCCUGUUGAAUCAAGUGUGGGGAAGCUGCAGUUCCUCUAAACUCGCUGAGUGCUGCAGCGUUGUGCCCCUCCCCGUAUGUUUUCCUUGGUGGUGUGAGCAAGCAAGCUGCAGGUAAGGUGAGGUCAGUUGUCCAUCCUUGUGUAGCUAAACGAGCAGAGAUGGCUGUAGGGUCAAUGCAAGUCAGACUGAGCCUGCUGAAAGGGAUUUGAGUUUAAAUUUGACUUGAAUUAUCUCUAGGUGAUGUACCCAGGUCAUCUCCUUGCAUCCAAGGCACAGGAGGUUUUAGCUACGAGGAGAGAAGUCAGAAGCUGUCUACCACAUCUGAUGCCAGCCUCCUUAACUUCAUGGACGUGGGCUCUGGGUAGCUGAGGCAACCCCUGGGACAGCAGCUCUUCCUGGAGGGACCUGAAAUCAGUAGCUGAAGUUACACUCACUGAUUUUGCUUGGAAAGGAUGGCUGGAGGAGGGCUAAUGUCAGUAUUACCUCAGGCUGUCUUAAAUGAGCUAGGGCUCAGGAGUAUUUUAGGCUCCACAGGUAUCUCAGUCACAUACGCACAGCAUCGCAUGCCUACUAGGAGUGUCAGGGAGUAAGCACUGAGUUGUUGAUCCCAAAUUAUCCCACUGAUGUUGGACUUAACGUGAGUUACAUGGAAAAAUGUGAACGUUCCUUUUUCACAGAAGUUACUGUGCUAAUGCACUAUAAGUUGCAGAAAUGGGUUAUUUUUCAUUCCAGAAAUGUUUUUGUACUACUAUGCAGCCAUGUACUGUAUCUGUGCUACCAGUGGUCUGUACAGGGUAAGAGAAACUUGUCCAAAAAGCAGUUGUUUCCCUGCGAUUCUGAAUUUCAGAGUUGGAACAAGAGCAUUUUAC